AAACGUUGCCGCGUCGUUUGCGUGUUUGUGCGGCGGUCACCACGCGCUGCGCACGCAAAAUUACACGCACGAACGCUCACGGCGGCGUGCGCGAGGCUCGGGCGAUGCGGGCUGCGCCGUGACCUCACACAGUGGUACCGUAGCCUAGCCAUCAAGCAAAGCAGCCCAUACUCACAACGCAGCCAUACAACUAAUGGGCUGCUGCACCUCAAAAGUCAAUGCGGAUCCCGUGUCGACGAUUCUCGUCAUCGGCCCGGAAAGCGCCGGCAAGACCACGUUGCUCCGGUCCGUCGGCCGGCGCUGCGCCGGCGCCGACGAGAGCCAGCCGGUCCGGACGAUGCCGACGAUAGGCCAGGAGGUCGAGUACCUCGAGGCGCCUGGCGCGCGCGUCAUGCUUCAAGAAAUCGGGGGCUGCAUGGCGCCGACGUGGCCGCGCUACUACGACCGGGCGGCGGCUGUCCUGUUCGUCGUCGACGCGGCGGCGCCGGAGACCUGGGCCGAGGCGCUCGUUUUGUUAGAGGAGCUGGUCGGGGCCGUGCAGAAGCCCAUUGGAGUCGUGCUGAACAAGCUCGACGCGGCCGCGGCGGACGGCGUCGCCGCGCGCGGGCUCCUCGGCCUCGAGGAGCUGGCCGUGGACGUAUUCGAGGGCUCGCUGACGGGGAAAGGCGCCCUCGUCGACGACCUGAAGGGGUUCGCCCUGGCCGCGCGGCCGCUAAGUAUCAAGUAGUAGU